CAGGUACUUCUACUUAUAUACACUAGUACAUACUCUGUCUAUUUAUGAAUUUUACUUGUCUGAACCUGGGUCUGGCUCCCUUACCAAACUAACCAGUUUGAACACAAAGUUUUCAAAACUAACCGGCCUCCGUUCGACUUUUCAAAACUAACCAGCGUAAUUCCUUUAAACUCGGGCGACCCGAGCUUGAGCUUCUCCACAGUUGAGGUCGCCACAACCCCGGGCGACCCUCAUUGUUUUCGAGCCGUGUACAGGUCGCCCUAUACACGGGCGACCCCUGCAUCCCAGCUGUGACGUGGUCGACCCUAUCACGGGCGACCACGUGUGUAUCCCCUCCCCAAUUUUAACUCGCCUCAGCCCUUGAAUCACACACAAUCACACACACAAAUCACACACAAACACAGCAGCAGCAAAGGGAGAAAACGAAGGGAGAAAAGAGGGAGAAGGUCGCGUUAGCCUCAAAUUUGAAGAUGGAUCCCGCAGCUUAUGGUCCCGGCCCGGUCAACGGCAAUUUGUUGACAUUGCAGGAGUCGCAUAGGUCCGAGGUGGUGUGGAACAGUAUAGAGGCACCUCCUGAUUUCAGAGUCAGGACCAACUUCGGUGAAUAUUGGAAGACAGUUGCUGAAAUCAGGCUACAUCAGUCGAUAAUGGAUGCUAUCAAGGACGCGGGUUUUCAAUGGGUGUUCACGUUAGGGCAGGUCAGGCAUGACAGGGGCUUGAUCACAGCCUUUAUCGAGAGGUGGCGUCCAGAGACGCACACUUUCCACCUACCUUUUGGGGAGGCCACCAUCACAUUCGAGGAUGUCCAUCACAUUCUCGGGUUACCGACCACUGGCCGGCCACUUAUUGUACAUGGCUUCACCACCACUAUAGACCAGAGGAAGGAGAUGGUACGGGAUCUUCUUGGAGUGAAUCCCUAUGAGCGUGGUGAUGUGAGGAGAACUGCUUGAAGAUCACAAUUGUCAAAGUUACUGAUCAACCACGUGAUCUUCAAGCAGUUUUUCCUCACAUCACCACGUUCAGCGGGAGUCACUCCAAGAAGAUCUCGUACCAUGUCUUUCCUAUGGUCUAUAGUGGUGGUGAAGCCAUGUAGAAUAAGUGGUCGGCCAGUGGUCGGUAACCCGAGAAUGUGAUGGACAUCCUCGAGUGUGAUGGUGGCCUCCCCAAAAGGUAAGUGGAAAGUGUGCGUCUCUGGACGCCACCUCUCGAUAAAGGCUGUGAUCAAGCCCCUGUCAUGCCUGACCUGCCCCAACUUGAAAACCCGCAUCCUUGAUAGCAUCCAUUAUCCACUGAUGCGGCCUGGUUUCAGCAAUUGUCUUCCAAUAUUCACCGAAGUUGGUCCUGACUCUGAAAUCAGGAGGUGCGUGCCACAAUUAAAAUGCAUAACGUGUCAGCAGUUUAUAGUGAAGCAAACGAAUUUUUUUAAUAAAUAGCAGUAAGUCAGGUCAUUAACUCUCUACUGUUUCACACCACCUCGGACCUAUGCGACUCCUGCAAUGUCAACAAAUUGCCGUUGACCGGGCCGGGACCAUAAGCUGCAGGAUCCAUCUGCGCCAAAAAUUUCAAAAUAUCAUUUACAAUUUCAAUUUAAAAAUAUUAACAUUUUGAAUUACAAAUAUUAGUAACUUACAUUUCUAAUACAGCUCUAUUUAGUUUCAAAUAUUUUUCACACUCUCAUUUUAGAUGUGUUGUUUAUAUUAUUUUGAUUUUAUUCAUUUUAUUUGUAAAUAUAAUUCGAAUAAUACUCAAUUUUUCAUUUCAAAUUAUUUAAUAUCCAAUAUUAAAUAUUUAUCAAUUCCUAAUUUUAUUUUUCUUAAUAUCCAAUAUUAAAUAAAAUUUGAAUAUAUUUUAAUUCAAAUAAUAAGCUUUUUUUUAUAAUUCGAAUAUCCUAUUUAUUUUAAUUCUCUUAAUUUCAUAAAUAUUUUAAUUCUCUUAAUUUCAAAUAUAUUUAUAAUUCGAAUUAAUUUCUUAAUUAUUACUAAUAUUAUUUUCUUUUACUAAUACAAUAUAAUAAUAUAUUAUUUUUGUUAAUAUAAUGUAAUUAUAUAUUAUUUUAUUAAUAUUUUAUUUUAUGUUAUUAAUAUUUUUAUUUUAUUCCGAAUUUUAUUUUUUUUGUUCUCAAAUUUUUAACGUCAAUUUUUUUAAAUUCGAAAUUCUUUCUUUCCUACGAAUAUAAAUUAAGUUUAAAUUAAAUUAUGUUUUGGUAAAUUUCGAUUAUUGCUACUAAUCAUAUUUCGAAAUCUAAAAAACACGAAAUCUAAAAAUCCAAUAUUUAUUCUCAAAUCAUAGUCUAAAUCUACACAACCAACUUAAAAAAUCCUAAAAAAUAAUAUCAAUUUCAAUCAUAAAUCUUACAAAUGCUUAACUAUUUCAAAAAUCAAAAUGUAAUGCCAAAUCUCUAGCCAUAAUCAUGAAGAUAACUGGAAAUUAUAACAUGCAACUCAAACUAAUCAAACAACAAAUUACAAAUCAAGGCCUUAUACAUACACACACACACACACACUAAUAUCUUUAGGGAAAAUAAAGGUAGUACCUUCAAAUUUAAUGCUAACUAGGGCGACCUUCUCCCUCUUUUCUCCCUUCGUUUUCUCCCUUUGCUGCUGCUGUGUUUGUGUGUGUAAUUGUGUGUGAUUCAUGGGCUGAGGCGAGUUAAAAUUGGGGAGGGGAUACACACGUGGUCGCCCGUGAUAGGGUCGACCACGUCACAGCUGGGAUGCAGGGGUCGCCCGCGUAUAGGGCGACAUGUACAUGGCUCGAAAACAAUGAGGGUCGCCCGGGGUUGUGGCGACCUUAAGUGUGGGGAAGCUCAAGCUCGGGUCACCCGAGUUUAAAAGAAUUAGGCUGGUUAGUUUUGAAAAGUCGAACGGAGGUUGGUUAGGUUUGAAAACUUUGUGUUCAAACUAG